AUGGAAUCAACUGUCAUCCUGAAGGUUUCCCACAACGGCACGACUAAGAAAUUCAAGGUUCAGGAGGAGACGACGACGAAGGAGCUGCUUCUUCCGACUGUGCUUAGCCUUUUGGAUACGCAGGCUCAGAACAUCCAGCUUUAUCGCUGGUCUCGUUCCGCAGAUGGCUAUGCGCUGCUCGAAGACGACAAGAGUUAUGAUGCGUUGAGGAGGAGCAUGGGUGCAAUGAAGGAUAAAUGCAGCAAGUUGCAGAUCAAAUUGGAGGUUCGUGAGAUUUUCUCCGAGAAUGUAAACAUUGAGCGUGUUCCUCAAAAGGCCGAAGAAAAAUCCCACAAAUCAGAGGAUGAAUCAAAGGCCGCUAAGAAGAAGACUCUCGAGCACAUGCUGUCGUCUGUUGUUGAAAAGGCAUUGAGCUCCCAGUUUGACAGCAUCAAACAGUCGGUUUCCGACUUGAACGAGACUGUUUCGGGCUGGAUUGCUACUCAAGCUGCCGAGGCAGCCGAGAAAUCUCAGGCUUCCGAGUAUAUGUCUGCACGUUCAGCUUCCGUCCCGUUGUCUCAGGAUUCCUCCACUCCCACUGAGAAGGUUUCUACGGAUGACUACGUCGUUCAGGUAAGCUGUGAUGUUUGCGGUGCGUCCGUCCGCGGGACUCACUAUCACUGUCCCGUCUGCCGUGAUGGCGACUAUGACGUUUGUCCGUCUUGCGUUGCCGCGGGCAAGCAUUGCUUCAACGACCAGCACUGGAUGGUCAAACGGAACUUUGGUAAGAACGACGACGUGCGUUCUGGUAUCGCGAGCGGCCAAGCUCGUCCCCCGAGCUACACCUCGUCUACGCCGCAAGUGACGGAAAGCAUCAAGCAUAAUGCUGUUUGCGACGGCUGCGACCAGGCUAUUGCAGGCGUGAGGCACAAGUGCUUUACGUGUCCUGAUUACGACCUGUGUUCGGCUUGUCAGGUCAAGGGUGUACACAGCGAGCACAUCCUUGCUCCUCUUAGCACCCCUGGCCCCACGCGUACGAAAUUGUCUCACCCCACGGCCGUUCACCGCCGUGUGUAUUGCGAUGGGCGUCGCUGCCCCACCAAGCAGUCUUAUAUCACAGGGAUCCGUUACAAGUGUGCCAUUUGCGCCGACACGGACUUUUGCGCGAGCUGUGAGGCUCAUCCUGACUUUUUGAAGAGCAAGUGUGCUGGGCAUCCGUUGGUCAAGUUCAGGGCACCUGUUGAUGGUUGUGAUGUUACUGCUUAUCAAGAUGGAGUUCGUAUCGCCGGCAAGCCUGAACCGACGGAAAAUCCGAAGUGGGAACAGCGUCUUAACAAGGCUGCCGCAUCAGCUGAGAAGGCGACCCAGAAAUUCGAGUCUCGCAAGGUCGCUGUGCCUACUGAUAUGAAGGUCUUCCGUCACCAUGGCAUCAUUUGUGACGGUUGUGAUAGGGAUGUCGUUGGCGACAGGUGGAUCUGUGCUACUUGCCCUGAUUUCGAUCUCUGUAGUCAUUGCUUCAACAGCAAGACGCACGACCGCAAGCACGCGUUCGUGUUGUUGAAGAAGCCAACUAAGCUUGGCGGUCGCCCGCGUUUGGGUCCUUUGUAUACGGAGGAACCGAGCACUACCUUCGCCGGACCUCACCUUGUGGAGUGUGAUAUCUGUGAGAAUAUGCCUAAGGGCGCGAGGUACCGUUGCACGGAGUGUGUUGACUAUGGCCUUUGUGAAGGUUGUAUGAAGACGGGUGCGCAUGACCUUACGCAUGGGUUGUUGCAUAUUCCGUUCCCGUUGACAGAUGAUUUCGCUCCCCCUGCUGCUCCUGCUGAGGAUGAGGAGAUGUCUGAGGAGAAGGUUGAGCCUGUUGAAGAGGAGCAGUCUCCCUCGAUGUCUACCACGGACACGUCCGAGGUUAGGCAGGUGUCUGAAGGAAGCAUGAACGGUAUGUCGGUUUCUUCUUCCUUGGUCAGCUUCGAGCAGUACGCUGCGGAGUUUGUGGAAGACUCGAGUCUUGCGGAUGGCUGCGAAAUCACAGUGAACGUCGAGGAAAUCAAAUCGUGGACGUUGCUGAACUCGGGCAUGAUCGACUGGGAGAUCGGCACGCACGUCGUCUUCGUUGGUGGUGACGAAAUUCAAUGCCUUGACAUGGGCGUGACUGGCAGGCCGUCGGCUGGUGAGAAGGCCAACGCAUUUGUGCGGUUCAGGGCACCGGCCUUUGCAACAUCCAUCUUGUCUUACUUCUCACUUGCUGAUGCUAGUGGAAAGAAGUUUGGUCCCAAACUCUGGCUUCAAAUCAAGGUUGUGGCACCUCAGGAGCGUGCUGGUGAGGAUGAGUUCAAGGACGAAGAGUUCGAGGAAGAGGCUGAGGAGGUCGUCAAGGAGAGCUCCGAGCACUCCUCCAUGGUUAUCUUCCCUGCGCCCCAGACUGAUAUUGAGACACACACCGACUUUGGCGAUAUGACGGCACCGAGUGAAGUUUCGCGCACAAUUUCCGUUGCGGAUAUGGACGACGUUGCCGAGAUGGACGAGGUGUCCUCUUUGACUGACGAUAAGGACAUGUCUGAGGCUGAGGAGAUGGAGCUUGAUGGUGAAUGGGAGGACUAUGAGUUGCUCGAAGGUGACGAGACGUCCGACACUGAGGGUUGUACCCCUGUGUAG